UUAACAAUGAGCUUAACUAAUUAUUAAUAAACUAUACUAGUGAGCGUAAUUGUUGCAAAUUCAAAUACCGGCAUAAAAAGUGUUUUUUGGUUUAUUUUGUGUGAUUGCAAAAUCAAGGUUAUGUAUUCUAACCGCCCAAAACGACUUCAGUUUUUAAGAAGUUAUGUUGACGAUGCCUCUAUUAGAAGCGAAUCAAAAUAUAUUGACAAAGAUACAUCUGAGCCACUUAUACAACAGGCUUUAAGAUGUGCUAAUAGUAGCUCUGUACCAUCUUUGGAUCCAUGUUCACAAGAACAUAGUUCGGUGGUUACCAAUGAACCAAUCUUGGACAAUACUGGCGAAUCCCUUGGAAUGCUUUUACAAGAUAAUGUACCAAAAAAUGCUGCUUAUUAUAAUACAGAAUCGAACACUAAAAUAAACAUUAAUGGUAAUGAUAAAGAUGCGUCUACACCAAUUGUCCAACAUAUUUCUGCGCUUAUACAACAGGAUUCAAGCAGCGUUAACAGUAGUUCUGCACUAUCCUUGAUUCCAUGCUUACAAGAAUUUUCGGAGAUUAUUAAUCCAAUAUUGGUCGAUACUGGCGAAUCCAUUGGAAUGCUUCUACAGGAUAAUGUAACAAAAAAUGCUGCAUAUCAUAACAUAGAACUAGAUACCAUAAUAAAGAAUAAUGGUAAUGACGAAGAUGCGUCUGCACCAAUUGUACAACCUAUUACUGCACCGCUUAUACAACAGGAUUUAAGCAGCGUUAAUAGUAGUUCCCCACUCUCUUUAAAUCCGUGUCUACAAGAACAAUUUUCAGACAUUAUCAAUGAUUCAAUCUUAGUCAAUACUGGCAAAUCUAGCGCAAUAGAUAAUAAUAUGCUUCAUCUAAAACACAAUAAAAUAUUUGCCGAUGAACCAUCAACCUCAGAGAGAAUUUGGAAUAAAAACUACAUAAUGAUGGAGGACAGUGAUGACAGUGUAAAAGACAAGCUUUAUGAAAAAGAAAGUAGUGACAGCUCUUCCGAAGGUGAACCGAUUUCGACAGAUUUAAAAUUGCAGAAGAGGAAAAUAGAAAACGAUAAGUCGAAAAAUAAAAAAAUUAAAUUUAAAAACAUGCAUUUUAGUCAAGAUUCUGAUAAUAUUCACAUAAACGAGAACAAUACAAUCGGGAACAGUAAGAGAAUUCAAAAAGGAGAAACACGAUUAGUAAGGAAUGAGCGGAAAACUAAGCGCAACCUAGGAGAUCAGUAUCUAACAAAAACAAACAAAAUCAUACCACAAAGAAAAUGUAGGGAUUUACAUGAAUGCAGAUUAAAAUGCAGUAAAAGGCUAGAAGAUGAGGUAAGAAAAACCAUAUUAAACGAAUACUGGUCUAUGGGCAGUUUUAAUAAAAGGGUAGCUUAUAUUGCAACGCUUGUAUCUACCCGAGAAAAAGAAACCACUCGUGCUAAAAAAACAGACAAAAAGCACAAAAAUAGAAGUGUAUCUCAUACAUAUCAUUUGCGUAUUAAUGGGCAACUGACAAAGGUAUGCAAAAAGUGCUUUCUAUUAACCUUUGACGAGAGUAAUAAGUUUUUAACGAAUGUUAUUAAGAAAAAGGAAUAUUCACUUUCUGGAAUAACAUUGGAAGAUAGAAGAGGUAAAGGAGUCCCAUACAAUAAAACUUCUGAAGAAGCUUUAGACCUAGUUAAAAAUCACGUCUCUGCUUUACCGUCUUAUAAAAGUCACUAUUGCAGAAAACAAACGGAAAACAAAUUUCUUCCAUCCCAUUAUACGCUCACAAGAAUAUAUGAAGAAUAUAAAAAAUGGAUUCCUGAAACAAUGACGCCAGUGAGUCGAAGAAUAUAUGAAGAUGUGUUUCGUAGUAUGAAGAUUAAGAUAAAAAACCCUAAAAAAGAUAAUUGUGCUAAAUGCGAUAAGAUUCAUAUGCAGCAUAAAAAUACGUCAGAUACCGUUAAAAAGCAAACAUUUGAAAAUGAUUUAAACAAGCAUCAAACAGAUGCCAAGUAUGCUUACGAAUCAAAGAAAAAAGAUAUACAAGAAGCUUUGCAUGAUAAGUCUAAAUCUGUAUUUACUUUCGAUCUACAGCAAUUCUUGCCACUCCUGAUAUUCAAACGUCAGUCGUUUUUAUAA